AACGGGCCGGAGCCGAGCGAGAGCGAAGCGGGCGCGCGCCAGGGCCGCGGGCCGCGCGCGCUCCCAAUAGGGAAGGGCCGGAGCUGGCCAGGGGCGCGCGGGAGAGGCCACGCUUGCCGUAGCCGCGCCCCGCCCCGCCCCAACGGGGCUGGAACCCGGGGCCGAGCGGAGUGGAAAGGGGCGUCAGGUGGCCACCCCUACCUGGCAUCCCUCUAAUCCAGGAGGAUCGUGGGGAAAGAGGCUGUGGGCCUCUCCGGGAGCGAGCUGCGGGUAGCGGCGCACUGGGGACAGGCGCGCGCCUGGCUGUCGACCUUACCGCUGUUUGGGAGGACUCGAACUGGCGCCAGGAAAUACUAGGAAGCUGUGGUUUUCAAAGCUAAUUAUGAAAACAUUUAUCGUUGGAAUCAGUGGUGUGACAAACGGUGGGAAAACAACACUGGCUAAGAAUUUGCAGAAACACCUCCCAAAUUGCAGUGUCAUAUCUCAGGAUGAUUUUUUCAAGCCACAGUCUGAGAUAGAGACAGAUAAAAAUGGAUUUUUGCAGUAUGAUGUGCUUGAAGCACUUAACAUGGAAAAAAUGAUGUCAGCCAUUUCCUGCUGGAUGGAAAGCGCAAGACGCUCUGUGGUAUCAACAGACCGGGAAAGUGCUGAGGAAAUCCCCAUUUUAAUCAUCGAAGGUUUCCUUCUUUUUAAUUAUAAGCCCCUUGACACUAUAUGGAAUAGAAGCUAUUUCCUGACUAUUCCAUAUGAAGAAUGUAAAAGGAGGAGGAGUACAAGGGUCUAUGAGCCUCCAGACUCUCCGGGAUACUUUGAUGGCCAUGUGUGGCCCAUGUAUCUAAAGCACAGACAAGAAAUGCAAGACAUCACAUGGGAAGUUGUGUACCUAGAUGGAACAAAAUCUGAAGAGGACCUCUUUUUGCAAGUAUAUGAAGAUCUAAUACAAGAACUAGCAAAGCAAAAGUGUUUGCAAGUAACAGCAUAAAGACGGAAUGCAGCAAAUCCUUCCUGAAGUGAAUUGGGAAACUCAAAGGAGUAAUUUAAGAACCUUAACCAAGAUACAAGGUGUACUGUGGUACAAUGACAGCCAUUGUUUCAUAUGUUUGAUUUUUAUUGCACAUGGUUUUCCCAACAUGUGGAACAGUAAAUAUCCAUGCCAGUGGACAGGACUCUAGCUUAGCAAGUUGCUCCCUCUCCAGGGAGCACAUAGGUACAGCAGAGCUCACAGUGAGUCAGAAAGUCUCCACUUUUUGAACAUAGCUCUAAAACGAUGAUUGUCAAACUUUUCUAACUGGAGCUCAGAGUAAGAAAUAAAGAUUACAUCACAAUCCAA